UUGACAUUUAGGGAUGUGGCCAUAGAAUUCUCUCUGGAGGAGUGGCAGUGCCUGGACAUUGCACAGAAGAAUUUAUAUAGGAAUGUGAUGUUAGAGAACUACAGAAACCUGGCUUUCCUGGGUAUUGCUGUCUCUAAGCCAGACCUCAUCAUCUGUCUGGAGAAAGAAAAAGAGCCCUGGAAUAUGAAGCGACAUGAGAUGGUGGAUGAACCCCCAGGUAUAUGUCCUCAUUUUGCUCAAGAUAUUUGGCCAGAGCAGGGCAUGGAAGAUUCUUUUCAAAAAGUAAUACUAAGAAGAUUUGAAAAAUGUGGACCUGAGAACUUACAGUUAAGAAAAGGUUGUAAAAGUGUGGAUGAGUAUAAGGUACACAAAGAAGGCUAUAAUGGACUUAACCAGUGUUUCACAACUACCCAGGGCAAAGUAUCUCAAUGUGGUAAAUAUUUGAAAGUCUUUUAUAAAUUUAUAAAUUUAAACAGAUACAAGAUAAGACAUACUAGAAAGAAACCUUACAAAUGUAAAAAUUGUGUCAAAUCAUUUUGCAUGCGUUCACACAAAACCCACCAUAAAAGCAUUUAUACUACAGAGAAGUCAUACAAAUGUAAAGAAUGUGGAAAAACCUUUAAUUGGUCCUCAACCCUUCCUAAUCAUAAGAAAACUCAUACUGAAGAAAAGCCCUACAAAUGUGAAGAAUAUGGCAGAGCUUUUAAUCGAUCCUCAAAUUAUGCUACACGUAAGAUAACUCAUACUGGAGAGAAACCUUACAAGUGUGAAGAAUGUGGCAAAGCAUUUAGCCAAUCCUCAAUGCUAACCAUACAUAAGAGGAUACACACUGGAGAGAAACCCUGCAAAUGUGAAGAAUGUGGCAAAGCAUUUAGCCAACCCUCAGCCUUAACCAUACAUAAAAGGAUGCACAUUGGAGAGAAACCCUACAAAUGUGAAGAAUGUGGCAAAGCAUUUGUAUGGUCCUCAACCCUAACUAGACAUAAGAGGCUGCACACGGGAGAGAAACCCUACAAAUGUGAAGAAUGUCCCAAAGCUUUUAGCCAGUUUGGACACCUUACUACACAUAGGAUAAUUCAUGCUGGAGAGAAACCCUACAAAUGUGAAGAAUGUGGUAAAGCAUUUAUAUGGCCCUCAACCCUAACUAAACAUAAAAGAAUUCACACUGGAGAGAAACCCUACAAAUGUGAAGAAUGUGGCAAAGCUUUUCAUCGAUCCUCAAAUCUUACUAAACAUAAGAUAAUUCAUACUGGAGAGAAGCCUUACAAGUGUGAAGAAUGUGGCAAAGCAUUUAUAUGGUCCUCAAACCUUACUGAACAUAAGAAAAUUCAUACUAGAGAGAAAGCCUACAAAUGUGAAGAAUGUGGUAAAGCAUUUAGCCGAUCCUCAGCCCUAAAUACACAUAAGAGAAUGCACACUGGAGAGAAACCCUACACAUGUGAAGAAUGUGGCAAAGCUUUUAGCCAAUCCUCAACCCUUACUGCACAUAAGAUAAUUCAUACUGGAGAGAAACCCUACAAAUGUGAAGAAUGUGGCAAAGCUUUCAUACUGUCCUCCACCCUAUCUAAACAUAAGAGGAUUCACACUGGAGAGAAACCCUACAAAUGUGAAGAAUGUGGCAAAGCUUUCAGUCAAUCCUCAAAUCUUAGUACACAUAAGAUAAUUCAUACCGGAGAGAAACCUUACAAGUGUGAAGAAUGUGGCAAAGCAUUUAAUCGAUCCUCAAAUCUUGCUACGCAUAAGAUAAUUCAUACUGGAGAGAAACCUUACAAGUUAAAACCCUACAAAUGUGAAGAAUGUGGCAAAGUGUUUUUCUGGCCCUCAGCCCUAACUAAACAUAAGAAAAUUCAUGUUGGACAGCAACCCUACAAAUGGGAAAAAAUUGGCAAAGCCUUUAACCAAUCCUUACAUCUUACUACAGAUAACCCAUGUUGGAGAGAAAUCUUACAAGUGUGAAUAAUAUGGAAAGCCUAAAAAAGUCCUCAAUUCUUAA